UGCUUGUCAGUCUCUUUCGCUCUAACUCUUCCACCUGCAGUCCACAUGUGUGAUUAAGUUUACAUGUGGUCUUUUAUAAACACUCUCUUUCCAAGACGUUUUAUUUUCUCAAUAAAGCACUUUUGUUUUCGUUAAUUAUUCCUGUUCCCAUUGUUGUUACUGAUUUUCCGUUCGGGAAGUUUUGAAACCCUUGCAUAAUGUCGAAACUAUUUGGGAACACGAUGCGUUUACUAUCCACAACGUCUUCCCUUUGGUUCAGUAAAUUCACACGAUCUGAGGUAUUUUGCGUUUUCGAUUAACGCUCGAUCUAUGACCAACGAAGUUAGUUUCGUAGGCGUCCUUCUGUCUGCCAAUUCCCUAGCAACUCAUAAAGGAAGUGUUUUCUUUCGUUUUCCCUUUCAGCACUGAUGGAAACACAAAAGCGCUUUCCUGCGCAGCCAUUUGAAACUCUUAUGCUAUUGUAUAUUGAUUACUUUAAAAAUAGAAACAACUUCCCCUUUUGUCAAUGUUGUUGUGAUUCUUACGGUCGAAUGGUCAAUUCCAUUGUCAAGCGACGGAUUGUGUGACAUUUCUGCCGCGUCAUGAUCACUCCACUCUCGUUUCUAUGUUUGUUGCUGACUUGGCUGGGAAAGAAAAGUGCCCCCUUCGCUUUCUAAACGAUUUCCCGGAAAGUGGUUUUUGAAUCCUGGCUAAAACUCCCGCUUUUGGGGUUCUAAGAACCUGAACGUUGAUAAAUAUUUUUUUUCGUCGAAUUGCAAUAUUAAACCUUGAUUUAUUUAGAGUACAAACGCAAUAACACUCUGGGUUUCAUUUAACUAACUCGGUCGUAUCUCAAAAGCUUCACAUUUCGUGGCAAAUCAAGCAGACGAUCUCUUAAAAGAAUUACCGAAAAUUUUGAUUUGCAUACACUGAAGGCAAGAUCGAACUUGGCCAAGGCGACAACAAACCCAACAGCGGAAGUCUUAAGGAUUUUGUUUCGGGGAAACCCCUCUUGUUCUGCUGCCUUCUGAUUGGCGGACUAUUAAUAUUCGUGAAACUUCCUUGUUUGGCCCACAAUAUAUUGCUCUUCUAUUUCAAUAAAGCAGGACGUUCGAACAGUUUGCAUCGCGAAAGGCUCGCUCAGGACGUUUAUAAUCGAAUCUCAGUAAAAUGGAAAAGCAGCAGCCGACGGAAUUUGUCAUAAAGCAGGAUAAAAUCUCGCUUUUGAAAGAGAAGGUUCAAAGAAUACGCUCUCUUUUCGGCGUUGAUGUUACGAUCAAACGAAAUGAUCCAACGAGUGGUCAACAGUGGAUUUGCCUACAAGGAACGGACAGAGAGCUUCAAAAACAAGCACAGACUUACAUCAAGUCUCUGUGUAGCAAUGAACCGAAGCACUCCGUAGAAGUUCCGCCCCGCUUGUGUGAAAGGCUGAAAAACGGUAAUGAAGGUAUGGACGUGGAAAAACUCUAUGGAGCUGUACUGUCAUUUAGUGGCUCUACAGUUUAUGUUCAGAGUUAUGACGAUGUACACAGAACCUUGGCGGUGUCUGGAAUUGAGCAACGCAUUGCUGAUUUCAAGGAACAAGGUGAAAUCAAUACUACCUCGAAAGAAGAUGGCGGUAUUGUCGAGGAAGACGGCGAAAACAUCCCACCAGAACGUGCUACGGUACACGCAACAGACAUUGCGCCAUCCAUGAGGGAAUUCGCGCGUAAGCUUAACUACACCGACAAAGAAAUCGACGCCGUCAUAAAAACAUUUGGAACAGAAAUAAACUUUAAUCAGCUGGUAGAAAAAUUGGUCAAAAACUCUACUUCUGCUCUGCAGCUUGGCUCCGCGACGCCAGAGGAUACGAAUUGUCUUCCAGUUGUUCGGGGAAAUUGUGCGGCGGCACCUUUGCAACCUGCAGACAGUGGCCGUAAUCUGCUUCGACGAGGUGCUCCCGUCCCAAAUCGAAGUCCAGAUUACUUCAUUCAACGAGACCUUAUUCAGCCGGUCGCCGCACACUCAGAUAAUCUUCGCCCGAUCGUCAUCGAUGGUAGCAACGUCGCUAUGGAUCACGGAAACCAGGAGGUGUUUUCAUGUCGAGGAAUAAAACUUUGCGUGGAGUACUUCAGGCGGAGAGGACAUAGUGACAUUACUGUUUUCGUGCCCAAGUGGAGAAUGCGAGAGUUUCGUCCAGAAAGCCCCAUAAAAGACCAGGAAGUACUCCACGAACUAGCCAGGCAAAAUAUUUUGAAGUUCACACCAUCACGAUGGAAUGGCAACCGCCGCAUCGUGUGUUACGAUGACAAGUACACGGUCGAAUUAGCGGAUCAAAAUGGCGGUAUAAUCGUUUCCAAUGACCAUUUUCGAGAUCUACUCAAAGAAAAUCCCAGAUGGAAAGAGACUAUCGAGCAGCGCACAAUGGGGUACCUUUUUGUAGGAGACCGUUUCAUGCCGCCAGAUGAUCCCUUGGGAAGACAGGGUCCCUCUUUGGACGACUUCCUCAGGAAGGGUUCUGCAACACACCCCAAGAUAUGCCCCUAUUUAAAAAACUGUACUUUUGGUAACCGGUGCAAAUAUUACCAUCCUGAGAGGGACACACAGCGACUACGGGAGCGAGCUGCUUCGACAAGAACCUCCUCUGAACUCCCAGAGCACUCUGCAAGCAGUACAGUGGAGCCAAGUGUUACGACUUCCUCUUGUGCUACAAAUCAAUCGACUGCGACGUCAACCAGUGAAGAUCAUUCAAGGAACAUUGUAGGAGAUCCUCGGGUUUCUCCUUUCACAUCCCGUGAAUACUAUAAUCGCGGGCGACCCGAUGAUAUUUUAGCCCGUGGGAGACAAGUUCCCGCUGGUGCAUCCCCGUAUGAGCACACCCGUGUUUCCAGUGGUGGUGAACGUUCAUAUCAACACGGGUUUUACGCUGGAAAUGUCUAUUCGGACUAUCUUCAUCCAGCAGGUCCAGACUACACUUCAAGAAACCUCCAGUAUCACGACGCACUUCCCAUGUACCCUUCCGACAUGAGCCACUUUCCACCGCUUCAAACACCGUGGCCGCCACACUACAACCCCCAAGUGCCUUACCCUCCACCCACGACUAUGGCAUAUCCCGCGGGACAGUCCACAUACGUGCAUUAUUAUGAGCCAGCACCAGCUCCAUAUCGCGGCAAUUUUACAGGCCGAGGACAGCCAAGAGACCAAGUUGAUAGCAACUCUCAACAAAGUUCUACCAACAGAGAACAAUUUGACUAUCUAUUUAAAAUGCUUAAGGACAUAUGCGACGAUGAAGGGCAAAUAAUCCGCGUUCUGGAAAGCCACCCGCGAGAGACUGAUGUAAAUAAACUAGCGAAUCUCUUAUACGGCGAAAACUGAGUGCUAAUGAUACUGAAAACGUAUAUCAAAAAGACUAUAUUAAUUUUGUCGCGAUAGUCACUAUAUUGUUUUUGUACAUCUUAAAUAUUGUUAAGUUUUCAGUAUAUCGCUUCGCUGACAAAUGGAACCAUACCUUUAUAAAUAUAUUGGGACUCACUUUGUCUGAAAAUUUGUACCAAAUAACAUCGAAUUCUAAUUUUCGUAAGAAUGUUUCCAUUUCUAUUGCUUAUCUUGUUCGUAUUAUCGUUCCCGGCGAUAGAAUCAUAAACUCAGUGACAAUAAAAUAUUCGAAACGUUAACUUUGA